AUGGAUACCCCUGAGUCAUCCAAGAGGCUAGACCAGCUCUCCACGGCCGAGGUCAUUGGCGAAAUGGAUGACAUUGGUGUCCUGGGAAGUCAGGGCGACUUGCACUCAAGCCGGCCCAAGUCAGCUCGACCGCUGUCUCAGCAGUUCAUGAGCCCUUCAAGCUCUCGUGCUAAUUCCAGAGCCGCCUCCCUCCAUGAAGCCACAUUGGAAGAGCCUGGCAUGGUUGCCAAAUACCUGUCUCGGCGCGCGACCCUUCUUGGCUUAUUUGACGAACCUGAGAGGCAAUCCUUAGUGAAUGGCUUCAACGAGACGUGUGUCGCUGUCAAAACCGCAGACGACGAUUAUGUUUUUCAGCCUACUGAAGUCAAUCCCCUCCUAGCCCUGGCCAUAGCCAGGAUUGACAACAAUGCCGUCAUGUCUAUGUCAUCCGAGGUCUUACCUAGCAUUAUUGAUUCCAUCCAACCCGGCCAAAGACAGCUUGUGAUUGAGGCUACGGGGAUGAAGAUACCGAUCGUUCAAUCACUCGAAGAGGUCCACUCCAGCCUUACCAUGGUCUCUCGGGCUUGUAUUGUCGUCAGGGAACGCGUUAUGUUGGUUUGGUCCAACGACCCAAGGACCAUCGUGAACUCAGGCCACGAUAUCGAGACACAGCUUCUAGGUCUAAGCUUCAAUCCCGAUACCGAUUCCAAUACGCGACGCACCUCGAGACGAUCAUCGGUCGCUCCGCAACCCCAUCGGCGCCACUACUCAGAGCCUGUUGUCCGUGGCGGAAUAGACGAGAAGAACGAAGUUUACAAAAAGGCUGUGGCCCUUGAGGAAGGAGAUGAUGAAGAUGUUGAAUCUGCCGUGCCUCCUCGACCUAGACUACGCAUUCAUGCGUUCAAGAUUGGUUUCGCUAUCAUGCUAGUCAUCGUCACGCAGAGUCUUGCCGUCUCGAAGUUGCUGAACCAGUACAUGUGGGAUGGCGGAAAACUACGGUUUGCUCUCGCCGCGACAAUCCCUCCUCUGGCCUUGUUCUCACUGGCAAGAAACGUCUUCUUCGUUCAAUUCUUCUUCAUCAAUCUUGUCACCGGCUUCUUCCAAAUCUUGGCACCUGUCAGCCCGUGCCUGAAGAAUUCAAAGUUUCACUCUGCUAUCAAACCCAACCCGAAAAGGCACGCCAAUUAUGAGCUCCCGCACAUAACGAUUCAGAUGCCUGUCUACAAAGAAGGCCUCAAAGGUGUUAUUGUACCCACGAUGGUCAGUGUCAUGGCCGCUAUUCAGCAUUACGAAGAGAAAGGUGGUACCGCAUCCGUGUUCAUCAACGACGAUGGUAUGCAAUGCAUCCACCCGGAGCUUGCAGAGGCCCGACAGCAGUACUACCGCGAAAAUGACAUUGGAUACACAGCUCGCCUUCCCAACAGGAAGAUCGUAAAGAAGAAGUCCGCAGCUUCUAAGGAGGGGGAAGAGAAGGUUCCACUCACCCCUCAAGAUAUGGCUAACCACCUCGGUUUUGAGCGCAAGGGCAAGUUCAAGAAGGCUAGUAACAUGAACUACGGUCUGGCAUUCUCAAAUCGGGUUGAGGAUGAAAUGAGCCGUCUGCUUACUGUAGAGUGCGAGAGACGUGGCUGCGCUGACGCCGACUUGACGGUCGAUGAAGACGAGGAAAUCUAUCAACAAGCCCUGCAAAACGUACUUGCCGAGGAUGAAGGACGAACUUGGGCUGAUGGGAACAUUCGCAUUGGUGAACUGAUUCUUAUAAUCGAUUGUGACACUCGGGUCCCAGUUGACUGCCUCCUCUAUGCCGCUUUGGAGAUGCAUGAGAGCCCUGAAGUUGCAAUUCUUCAACAUGGCUCUGGAGUUAUGCAAGUUGCCCACAACCUCUUCGAGAAUGGAAUCACCUAUUUCACCAAUGUCGUCUAUACUGCCAUCAGGUACGGUGUUGGCAGCGGUGACGUUGCCCCCUUUGUUGGCCACAAUGCAAUUCUUCGCUGGAAAGCCAUCCAAAGUAUUGCAUUUGUCGAUCCUUCUGACGGACAGACAAAAUGGUGGUCUGAUGCUCACGUUUCUGAAGAUUUUGAUAUCAGUUUGCGUCUUCAGAUGGCAGGUAUGACAGUCCGUCUUGCGACCUAUCAUAACGGCGAGUUCAAAGAGGGCGUGUCUCUGACACUCUACGAUGAGUUGACGCGAUGGGAGAAGUACGCGUACGGAUGCAAUGAACUUGUGUUCCACCCUUUCUACAAAUGGAUUUACAAAGGUCCUGUCACAAGGCUAUUCCUCCGUUUCCUGUGGAGCAACAUUCCCAUCACCAGUAAGAUUACCAUCGUCGCCUACAUUUUCACUUACUAUGCUAUUGCAUCGGGCAUGUUCCUCACUGUUGUGAACUACUUCGUCAUCGGCCUCUUCCCAGACGAAAUUGAUCACGUCUACCAGCCUUCCUGGGGCAUCUGGAUUUCCCUCGUUGUCGUCUUCAACGGCUUCGGUUCGGUCACCUUCAGCGUGCUCCGCCGUAGGAUGAAUGAAGCCCCCUUCUGGAAGGCGCUGUGGGAGUCUGUCAAAUGGCUUCCCUUUUUGAUCAUCUUCUUUGGCGGCAUCAGUCUCAACUGUGCCAAGGCAUUGUUAUGCCACGCUCUUUCCAUUGACAUUGAGUGGGCAUCUACGGCCAAAGAGGUUGGACCAACAGGUUUCUCAAUUGGCCUAGACAAGAUGGUCAAGACGUUUAGAUACACUUGGGCAAUCUGCCUGAUUCUCACUGGUGGUAUGAUUUACAUGGCCAUUGGAGCACCUUGGGGCUGGAAUAUAACGCCUGGCCCUCACUCCACCGCCACUAUUGCCAUUGUGCCACUGGCGAUCCAAAUGUGCAGUGCCUUCUUCCUGCCAUUUUGCCUGGGGCUCCUGUGA